AUGUCGUCAACAUCGAGCUUCACGUUUCCGGAAACCAACAUUGCCGUCUCCCUCCCACCAGGCUUGAAAGAAGAGCAGGUUCUCGCUUUCCGCCCACUCAAGAAUUGGAUUAAUACCUUGUCAAAUUCGCUUCGCCUCCAAUCGGACCCGAAACACCCCUUCUUCCCCGACCCCUACGCGCUCCGAUCCGUUACCGUCCAGUCUUACGACCUCUUCGGGCACACUCGCGUCGGCUUCCUCAAGCUUACGGCUGCCGUCUCCAAUGCCGCAGGCGAGACCCUCCCCGCUGCAGCCCUCCUCCGCGGCCCAAGCGUUGCCAUGCUGGUCAUCCUGAUCCCGGACGAUGCGAAGAGCGAUGACGAGAGAUAUGUCGUGCUGACGGUGCAGCCGCGUGUCCCUGCCGGGAGCCUGAGCUUCGUGGAGCUCCCCGCGGGCAUGGUUGACGACGCGGGCAGCUUCAAGGGCGCCGCGGCCAAGGAGAUGGAGGAGGAGCUCGGGAUCGAUAUCCACGAGGACGACCUGGUCUGCCUGAGCGAGCUUGCGGCCCCGGCUGCGGAGAGCAAAGAGGAUGGGGAGGGGCUGUCCCGCGCCGUGUUCCCCAGUGCGGGCGGGUGCGAUGAACAUGUGACGCUUUACAGCUACGAGCGGUGCAUACCGAGAGAACAGCUGCAAGACUGGAGUGGGCGCCUCACGGGUUUGCGGGACCAGGGAGAGAAGAUUACCCUCAAGGUGGUCCCCAUGAAAGACCUAUGGCGAGAAGGCUCGAGAGAUGCGAAAGCACUCAGCGCGCUGGCCCUCUGGGAAGGGUUGCGGCGAGAGAAGAUGAUCUGA